GAGCAGUGGGUGUGACCUCAAUAUCAGUAUCCCUGCAGUCGUCUGCACACAGCUUAGUCUCAAUUUCAAUGCUAGAAGUGCAGAGAGAGAAAAAUUACCUAACAAGAUGCCAGAAGACAAAGACGAGCUGAAUGGGGAAAAUAGAAAAAACGAUCCUGAUAAUAAAAAUGAACAGAAUGGGAAAGAAAAUAAAAAAGAGAAAAAGAGGUGGAAAAAGAAGUUGAAUUUAAAAUGUGGAAAGCUCAUCAAUAAAUCCAAACACCUAGUGAAAGACCUUGGAACGAAGAUAUUCCACAAUAAAGAGAAAUCGCUUGAUAAUGCGACGCCCCCAUUGCUCCCUGAUAUAGAUUCCACAGACCUCACUGAUAUUGAGGAAAAUGACGAGGACGAAACUUUUCAGGAGGAACUAGAAGAAUGGAUCAACAUGGCGCAGAGGCUCUACAGUGGUUGGUCCACAGACAACAAGAGCAGAGAAGUGGUUGAGGCACUUUACAUGACCUUGAAGCAACGUGCUUUCGGAAUGAUUAAAGAUUCAAUUUCUAGUGAGGGUGGAAAUCAGCUUAAAGAGGCUAUACAAGUUAUAGAGGACAUCGAGGAGCGGGAACAUAAAGACUCAAUACCACAGGGGUCAUGGAAAACCAAAUGGGAAGCGUGCGUUGCCUCCUCAGUCACUGAACAGGUUGAUAGUUUGCCAAAAUUUUCAAGGGAAGUGGAAAAUCCUUGUUUGGGGGAGGUAUUAGCCACUCUGGGAAAGACUAUGAAGAGCGGUCUAACCCAUGUCAUAAAAAAUCUGAAACCUCAUUACCCAGAGGACUUUGAUGUAGUUAAUACAUACGCUCUACAGUAUCACCAGAAGCUCCGGUCUGUACUAAGCCUGAUUACGGAGUAUGAGCUGUACAUCAAUGAGAUCCACGCCCUGCUGAGCUUCGCCCAAAGCAGCUAUCCUAACAGCAUCCUGAGAGAUCCAGUUCUGACCAAUCACAUAAAUGUCGCUCAACUGGAGGAACUCCUACCUUCAGAAAAGGUCUGCCAUCUUGAAAAGAUGUAUAUACUUGAUCAAAAGGAACAACUUGAGCAAUUGAUGACCAAAACUUUAAGAAGGGAAGAGGACCAGUGGAAGGAGGGACAGCCACCAGACAUGUUGGAAUCAGUUUUUCCUUCUGCCUUAUCUGAAGACAUCCUUCAGAUGUAUGACGGCAACAUCAAAGCAGCUGAAGCAAUAUCUGAAAAUUUUGCAAGCAAGUUGACACCGAUUCUGGCAAAUGUAUUCCUUGAAUUCCUCCAGAGAUAUAAAAGCUCAAUUUACAAACAUUGCAAUAAGAACAAAUCAAAGCCGCAUUUUAUGGACAUCAUCAUUGCCAACCUCAACUGCUGCAACCAUUUCAGAGUCUUUAUUGAGCGCACAAGUGUUGGAGAAGACAUGAAGAAGAAAAUCUAUACUAUCCUUAGUGAGAUAGAAGAUCAAGGCUUCAGCGUCCUCCUGAAUAAUUUUUUUCAAGAAAUUCAACCUUGUUUCAGAAGGAUCAGCCGGACAAAGGGAUUGAAGAGUGAGAAAAUCAUGUCCGAAAUUAUUACCACCUCCCGUGAAUAUGUAUCCUCCGUCACCACGUUAUCUGCUUCAUGCCGCCAGGUGAUGGCUGGCAAGGUCCAUAUGCAUCUGGUCAUUGAAUAUCUAACAAACAUGAAGGAUAUUAGGCAAUGUGAUGUGGAUGAACAGAAGGCUCUGGCUGCUCAAAUGCACAGAACCGCGGAUCUCCUCCAUCACUUCUGUACUGAUCAUCUAAGCGACUCACAAAUGCCCAAAGCCACAUGGGCAAAUGGUGCCAUCCGCAAGAUAGCAGAGAUUGUACAACUUCAGGAUUUGGCUGCGAUUAAACUCGAUGUAGGUGUACUCACUAGCGAAUACCCAGAUAUCAGGAAGCGCCAUGUAGAGUCCUUUCUGCAGAUCAAAAACACCCUGAAUAUGUGCGAGAGGAUGUCAGUAGUGAAAAUAAUGGAGGGCAUUAAACGCGAAGAUCCGCUAAGCAGAUGCCUGUUCACGUUUAUCCCAUGUUUGCCAUGUUUUUGCCUAAUUUUCUGAUGCCACGGUUUAUCAACGUGUCAAGAGGACGUCAGAGAAGGACUGGCCGAGAGCAGCCGACAUACAUCAGCUGUUCCUCCAAAUGUCCCCUUUAGGCUACAUUCAUACAAACGUAGUGUCCGUUCCGUUUUUUUUUUUGGCGGACAGGAUGUGGAUCCGUUCAUUUCAAUGGGUCUGCAUCAGUAUAUCUGUUCCGUAGCCCCGCAAAAAGA